AUGAAGAACUUAGUUCAUGGAAUUAAGGAAAAGACACCUAUGGGUUUCUGCGAUGUCCCACGAAAAAACUUGUUUGACUUUUUACAUGAUAUGAAAAGUAUUUCCGUCUCGAAUGAACCCAGAUACAAACCUCUCAUAAAGAUCCACCAGGCUGCAAGCGAGGGUGAUGCUGAGAGACUGCAGAGAAUGAUAAGUCUUGGGAAACACAGUGUCCAUGACAGAGACUGUAAGCAAAGGACUGCUCUACAUUAUGCUUGUGCCUAUGGCCAGGUAGAAGUAGUAAAUUUUCUACUGAAAAAUAAUUGUGACGUUGAUGCCAUUGACAUGAACUCUGUGACACCUCUGAUGAAGGCUGUACAAAACUGGACGUAUGAAUGUGUGUGCACAUUGUUGAAGCAUGGUGCUGAUCCAAACCAUAUGGACAAAGAUGGCAACACUUCUCUUCACUAUGCAGUGUCUGAAGGCAACCAGAUUCUGGCUAAAUGCUUGCUUAAAUAUAGUGCAGACAUGGAACAAAAGAACAAGGAUGGCUUUACACCACUUUUACAGGCCCUGAAGGAAAACAAAAUAGAGAUGGCAAAAUUUUUAGUAAUGAAUGGGGCAAAUAUACACGUAUUUGAUUACAUGAAAAGAAACACACUCUUAUAUGCCAUAAGAUGGAAUUCAAAAGAUAUGGUGAGUCUGCUUCUGAAUGAAGGCAUUGACGUUUUCUUCAAAGAUGUGUUCGGAUGGACUGCAUUACGUUAUGCUAUUGAAGGCACAAGUAAAGGUAUUCGAGAGAUUCUUACGGACUACGAUGAAAAGUUACGUGUUAAACAUAAAAAUGGCAAUUCAGAAUCAGACUUAGAGAUUGAAUCACUAGAAGAAACACUUUCAGAUGAAAAUGAAGAUAAACAAUCAUUGAGUGCUGACGGGGAUUUUUCUUGGACAACAGAAGAAAGUGGUCAAAAACAUAAAAGUAGACAAAAUACAGGUAACUUAGAAGAACAAGCUAUUGAACUGACAUUAGAAGAGGAACAGAAAAAGAACAAUAGCAGUGAAAACAGCCAGUGCUUGAGCAUCUUCAAGCUACACCAACCAAAGCAAAUUGGCUCUAUAUUUGUGACUAGAGAUAAUCAUGAAGAGAAUACAAUAAAUGGUGAGGAGAAAGAGCUUUCUAAAGAAUAUCCUCAAAAGAAGUCUACCACUGAGGAGGAGACUGUGCCAAAUGAUUCACCAGACAAGAAGAAGGCAAAAUCAUUACAAACAGACUGUUCUGAAGAAUCUUCACAAUAUGAAGACUUCAAGUUGGAAACAGAGAGCAAGGACUAUAGCGAGUGCAGUGAAAAUACUCAAUCAUCUAAUUCCAUUAUGUGUCUUCAGUCAAAGUAUGUUCCUCAUUUCUCAGUUGGAGUAAACUCAAGAUCCACAAACCAUCUAAUUGUAGGAGAGAAAGUUUUUCCUAGGAUAGAUCCAGAAUAUAAGAACAACCAGUCUCCCAUUGGAAGUAAAGCUUUUGUUUCAUCUGAAGUAUCAACAGUAAAGCAUGAACACGAAUUCCUACCAGAAAAAGACUUACAAUUGAAGAUGGAAAAUCUGAAAUAUCUUGAUGGUGAUGAAAAUACUCAAUUAUCUGAUAUUGUUACACAUAUUCAACUGAGGUGUAAUCCUCACUUAUCAACAGGACUAAGCCCAAGACCUAUGAGUAUUCUAAAUGAAAGAGGGAAAGGAUUUUGUGUUAUAUAUCGUCAAAGGAAGCCUCCCAUUGUGAAGAGAGGUUCUGUUCCAACUGAUCCAUCACCAGCAGUGAAGUGUGGACAAGAAUUCCCAUCAGAAGAAGACUCGAAAAUGGAAACAGACGAUUUUCAGGAAUUACUUGAUGACAAUGAAAGUAUCCAAUCAUAUAAUUCUGCUAUGUGUCUUCAACCAGGAACUAGUCCUUAUUUAUCAUUAGGACUAACUCAAAAGCCCAUGAAUCUUUCAAAUGAAGGAGGGAAAGAAGUGAACAUGCAGAUGAAAGCAGAUAACAACUUUAAAAAUGUUGAGGAAAUUGGGAGCACUCAGUCAUCUGGUACCAUGGCAGAUCUUCAACAAUGGCAUACUCCUCAUUUACCAGUACAACCAAUUUCAACACCUAGGAAUCUACAAAAUAAAGGACAGAAAGUUUAUCAAAUUCAUAAACAAUCAACAGAGCCAGGAUUACAAAAGAAGUCAGUGAAAAAUCAAGACAAUCUAGAGAUCAAUAAAAAUACUCAACUAUCUGAUAAUGUUAUGGAUCUUCAACCCAGGAAGAUACUUCAUUCAUCAACAGCACUAAGUCCACGAUUCAUAGAUCUUAAUGCAGGAGGAGAAACAAAGUUACAAAUGAAAUCAGAGGAAAAUCAGAAACAUAAUGAUGGAAAUGAAAACAUUCAAUCAUCUGAUAGUCUGACACAUCCUCAACCAAUACAAAUCAGUCAUUUAUUGAUGGGGCUAAUUCCAAGACCAGUGAAUAUUAAAAGUAGACCAGGGAAAGAGUCUCAAAAGAAACAUCCUUCACUAAAAGAUUCUACUGAAAUAAAAGUUGAUACAGAUGCAACAUUAGAAAGAAAGGAAAUGCAAACAAUCAAACCAGUGAUAUUAGAAGAUGAUCAAGAUAAGUGUGAUGCAAGCCAAAAUAACAGACCAUUGGUUUCAGGAAACAGCAAGGGACACACAAGCAAUGAAAAGGAAGAUGCACUCCAUUCCUGUGGCUGUGCAGCAGCAUCUGCUGCUCCUGAUGUUUCUGAGGCUUCUGUUGUGGCUGCCAUCGUUGCUGCAGUGAUUGUUGCUACUCCUGCUGCGGCAGCCACUGCUGCCUCUGCUGCUGUGGCUGCAGUUAUGGCUGCUGUUGCCCCUGCUGUGACUGCUGCUGCUUCUGCCGCUGCAGCUAUUGAUGCCCUGGCUGCUGUUGCUCCUGGUGCUGCACCUGACAUUUCUGCUGUUCCCGUGGCUGCUGCGACUGCUGCGACUGCUGCUGCUGUUCCAGCUGCUGCUGCAGCUACUCCAGACACUGCCCCAGCUACGGUUGCUGCUGCUGCCGCCGCUGCCGCUGCUGCCACAGUUGCUGUGGCUUCCGUGGCUGCUGCUUCUCUCACUGCUGCGUCUGCUUCUGUUGCUGCAGUGGUCGCUGCUACUGUCACUGCAGCAGCUGGUUCCGAGGCUCCCACUGUUGCUCCUGCUGCUGCUGCUGCUGUUGCUGCUGCCACUAGUCCUGCUGCAGCAGCUGCCCUCGUUGCUUCUCUUGCUGCUACUGCAGCUCCUUGUUCUCCUCCUCCAGUUACUAUGUCACCUGCAGCCCCUUCUACUGUUGCUGCUGCUACUGCCGCUGCUGCUGCACUUGCUACUCAUGCUGCUGCUUCUCCUGCUGUCGCCGCUGCUGCCGCAGCAGCUGUUGCUAUUUCUACGAUUGUUCCUCAGGGUGCUCCUGCUGUAGCUACUGCUGCUGCUGCUGCUGCUGCUGUUGCAGCAGCAGAUCCUCCUGAUGCUUGCCCUGAUGCACACCCUGCUGCACCAGCUACUGUUACAAAAAGACUUAUUCUACAAAGAAAGAAUGUGGAAGCUAGAAAGCAGCAGCCUCCUUUUGAGGAGGCUGAGGAACAUGAUCGGAGCAAAAAGAAAAUAUCUAAGGAAAAAGUUGAGGUUCUAAAGCCAGUAAAAGACACAUGUGAUCUUAAUGCCUUGACUCCAAUAAAUGAAUCAUGCUCAGAAAAAUAUAUUGGUAACUCCUUAAAAAGUACACCUGUCUUUGAUUCACAUAAAGAGUUAAUAGAGCUUAAAGAAAUCAAUGUUCAAAUACUCACAGAAAAAACUAAAGUGGAAAAUGAAUUAUCUGAAGUCAAAGAAGAGAACUCACAGUUGAAGAAAAAACUUGUAAAAAAGAAUGAAAAAAUCUUUAAGCUGAGAUCAAUGAUAAAAGAGCAAGCAGAGAAGAAAAGAAACAUAAUUUGUGCCUAUAAUGAGAUUGUAGAUGAACUGAGAGAAAAAGAAGAGAUGAUGGAGAGAAGAGGAGAACAGUACAACAGACAAGUUACAGAAACACACGAGCUUGAAGUAUGUCUGAAAACAAGAGAUGUGGAGUUGAAGCAGUUACAAAAAGAAAAAGAACAUGCACAGAAGAUGGAUGAUCACCUACAAGUGUUAGAACUAGAAAAUACCUCACUGAUAGCUACAGUGAAGAAACAAAAGGAGAAUAUAGAACAUCUGCAAAGACAUCUGCAAGACACACACAAAGACGUGGUACAGAGUUCCAAUUUGGAGAACAAGAACCUCUGUAAGAAGCACGCUUCAGUAAUACAUGAGAUGGAAAACACAAUGAGGACUUUGAAGUCUGAAGUUUCCAGUGUUAAAACUUCCAAUGAGUCAAACAAAAGUGAACUGGAAAAGUACAAGCAAUAUUAUCUGGAAGAAUUAAGAAAUAAAAACUUCUUAUUGCAUGAAUUAAACAGACUUUUUCUUGGUAUUCACAUGUCUAAUAACAGUCAAGAAGAGUCCCAUACAGAACUUCACAUGAAAAUUGAGCAAAACAUUUCUGCAUCAAAUACAGGGAAUACAAGGCUGUUCCAUAAGUGCUCUUGUGUGGAAAAAACUCACCAAUUUGAAAACAAAGAUGGGGAAAACAUGGUAGAGCCUUCUUCAAGACCAGGAUCUACUCAUGCCUGUGUGGAACACUACCCAUGGAUGUCUGAAAAUUAUAUGAGAGAGCUAAGCGAAGGACUCGGUGACUUAAAAAAAUCCAUGCAACUUAGUUUGUUGACUGAGAAGAAACAAAAUAGUGAUGUAGGAGAACUAGCUGGAAUUGGGAAACCCUUUAAGAUGAUAAAUCCUGAACAUGAAAUUGGAGAAUGUGGUUCUCACGGAGAUUUUGAAACCUGCCAAUUUGGAACGAAUAUGCCAGUUUCAAUGCUGCAAUGUUCAGCACAAUCAACAGCUAAACCAUAUUCAGAAUUAAGAGAGAGCAACACAACUUCAACAAUAAAUGAGAUGGAAACCAAAAUUAGAAGCCUUAAUUCUACACUCUCUAAAUUGAAAGUUAGGACAGCAUCGAAAGGUUUGGAACUGGAACGAUUUAAGCACCUCUAUCUUGAAGAAUUAAGCAUUAGAAAAUCAUUUCAGAAUUACCUAAACAAGAACCAACAACCAGCAAUAUUCCCAUUGACAGAUAUUAAAUAACUUGAAAAAAUUGGUGUAGUUUCUAUAGCAGAUAAGAAUAUGGAUUAUCUACCUUUAAAAACUCUCCUUUGUGUGUGUGUGUGUGUGUGCAUGUGUGUGUGUGUCUGUCUGUCUGUCUGUCUGCCUGUAUGUAUGUGUCUGCCUUUCCAUACCUAUCUGAAUUCUUAUCUAUCACAUCUAUAUAUCAGUCUACAAAUGAUAUGUUAUAGAUCCUCUUAUAUAGGGACCUAAGUGUUACUGAAUUGUAUGUAACUGUGACUCAGUUCAGGUAAGAUUUCUCCUAUACAUUCCUUGCCAACUUGCUGACAUUUGUACAAUAGACAUGUGGGGUGGCCAAUAGUUGAGCCUCCUUGCACCAUUUAGCAAGCUGCAUUUAUAUGGUUGUCAGCAUUCAUACAAAGAAGAUAGCUGGUUGAGUCUACAUUUAACCUGAUCUGAAGUAAUAAGGAAUUUGAGAGCACCUUAAGGACCACUAUCCUCGAAUCAGGUGUAACAUUUAAAUAUCAGACAUGUACACUGAACCCUCCAAAAGUGGGGGACCUGGUAGUGAACUGUCAUAGGAGAAACAUUCUAUAUUCUACAGAUAUACCAAACUGAUAUAACUGAGAAAAAUAUUCCUUAAUAACAGUAUUGUUCUUUUAAUAUUUUAAUAAUAUUGAAAUGCAAGGAUUACUGUUACCAAAUGCUUCUCUAAAAAUGUAUCUUAUAUUCUGCUUUACAAUAACCAUAUUUCACUAUUGAAGGACCAUUAUCUACCACAUUAGAUGUGGUUCAUAGAACUUCUUAUGUAAGUGGGUGAGCAAAAAUAAGUAAAAUAGAAGAAGCAAGAAUUGUAGGCAUAUCAAUAUUCUGAAAAAAAUGUUAAAGGAUUUUUUUCUAAAACUGUGUAUGUUCAAUAUAACACAUUCAAAUAUAGAGAAAAUGCUUCAUUAAGUAUUGCAAGCUGAUUUAUUAAAU